AUGCUGUUGAUGGACUGGAUAUUUUUGGCAGGAUUGGGUGUUGCCAUGGCUGUGCUUUCACUUAUUCUUGAUUACGGUGUCGAUACACUUCAAACAUGUAUUUAUUUGUUCUACUUAUUAACUGAUAAUUUUUUUUUUUUAAAAUAA